AUGUCACUGCCACAGCCCGAGCUUCCUGAGCCAGCCCAUCCUACUAUCGAUUCGAUGCUGAGCCGCAAGUUUGGGAAGGAGGUUGCCAAUUACUUCUCUGGCUCUCCCCUCAACCGCGUGUCUUUCCUGCGCCCCGACCACACCUUUCUGUCGCAAGCGCUCAAGCACCCGUCCACAACCUUCCUGCUCUUCAACAACCUUGACCCCCUCGUUCACGCAAAGGACAAGCUAGCCCAUCGCAAGUAUGCCGACGUGAAGGCCAUCAUUGGCGAUGACCCGUUUCAUCGAAGUGAGGAGGACACGAUUGCGCAAUACAAUUCGUCGCUGUACCUACCGCAGAUAAUAUUCCUCGGGCUCGACGAGAGAGAAGCAGGUUUUGAGUACAAGGGAAGAUACAAAGGCCAGCCAUGGUUCGCAGUCGACGUUACGCCAAAGGAAAGUAUCAAAGAGGCAGCAGAGAAACUGGUCGAGAAUUUGAAGGCGGAAGGCUUGACUUUCAAUGCUGGUAGGAUGAAUAUGAGUCUACCUGCUGAGCAAGCUGCCAUAUACGCCGAGGCUCGCCACCUCCUCGACUGGAACGCCCGCAACCCGUUUUGUGCCUCUUGCGGCUACAAAACUCUCUCCAUCAAUGCCGGUUUCAAACGCACGUGUCCACCCAAGGACAUCGCCCCCGAAGUCACAAACGCUGGUGAGCGGCCACCAUGUGCAACUCGCACAGGCAUAUCCAACCUAUGCUUUCCACGCACCGACCCGACAGUCAUCAUGGCCGUAGUAUCUGCCGAUGGCAAGAAGAUCCUCCUUGGGCGCCAAAAGCGUUGGCCUCCAUACUGGUACAGCACCCUUGCCGGAUUUCUCGAACCUGCCGAGAGCGUGGAGGAAGCUGUGAGGCGCGAAGUGUGGGAAGAGUCUGGGAUUCAUCUCGGCCGAGUAGUCAUCCAUUCGACACAGCCGUGGCCGUACCCUGCGAAUCUUAUGAUUGGAGCUAUUGGACAAGCAAUUCCAGAGGGCGAGGAGAUUAACCUCGGACAUGAUGCCGAAUUGGAGGAUGCGAAGUGGUUCACUGCAGAGGAAGUCCGAGAGGCACUCAAGGUUGGCACGAGUGGAUUGGGAGAGGAUGCGCCCGAGGGGUACAAGGAGGGCGGAUUGAGAUUGCCACCCAAGACAGCGAUUGCAAAUCAGCUGAUGACGGCUGUCGUUAACGGAUUUGCAUCUGGGACGCCGAUGAUUUAG